CGGAGAAGCACGGAGCCUCCUCCCGUCGUCAGUGUAUAAAUGAACUGCCGAGCUGGGGUCCAUUUCCAGCGCUUGCUUCGUCUCUUCUCAACUUUCUCGCGGUCUUGAUCUAUUGCCAUGUCAGAGGAACUCAAGACUACAACGCCUCGCGAGCUCGAGGAAGCCGCAAAUAGCACGGUUGCAGCCUCGGAGCACGAGCGCGAGAAGGCCAUCGGCUCGGCGCAUUCGACAAAGGAAGAGGAAGAAGAAAGCGGUGACACAGGCCUCGACGACACCAAGAGACCCACCGGCCUUCGCUUCUGGCUCGUCAUUGUCGCGCUUUGGCUCGUCAUCUUCCUCGUCGCCCUCGACCAGACGAUUGUAUCGACGGCCAUCCCCGUCAUCACCAACGACUUCAACUCCUUCUCCGACGUCGGCUGGUAUGCCUCUGCGUACCUCAUGACCUCGACCGCCUUUCAGCCCAUGGCCGGCCGCUUCUACAGCCUCUUUUCAGUCAAAUGGGUCUUUUUCGUCUGCUGCUUCAUCUUUGAGCUCGGCUCGCUGAUCUGCGCCAUUGCAAAGGACUCCAACACCUUCAUCGGGGGCAGGGCUGUGGCCGGCGCUGGGCUGGCGGGCCUCUACGUGGGCGCAUUUGUCAUUGUCACGAUGAUCGCACCACUCAAGAUUCGCCCGCUCUUGACGAGCAGUCUGGGAGCCAUCUACGGCAUUGGAGCGUGCCUGGGCCCCAUCAUCGGCGGUGCUUUCACGAGCGGAUCGGCAGGCUGGCAGUGGUGCUUCUGGAUCAAUCUCGUCAUCUACGCACCCGUCGUCCUCUUCAUCAUCUUCUUUUUCACACUGCCGUCGUACAAACAAGAAAGGGUCUGGUACAGGCGCAUCGCUCACAUCGACUACCUCGGCACGGUUCUCAUCCUCUGCGCCACCGUCUGCAUCCUCCUCGUCUGCCAGUGGGGCGGCAUCAAGUACCCCUGGAGUGACUCAAAGAUCAUCGGUCUCAUCGUCGGCUUUGUCGUCCUCUGCCUGGCCUUCUGGGUCGACCAGUACUUCCAGGGCGAGAAUGCAACGAUCCCACUGCGCCUGCUCAGGAACCGGACGGUCGGCUUUGGCUCCAUCGUCAACUUUGCCGUCGCCGCCGCCUACUUUUCCAUUCUGUACUACACCCCGAUCUACUUCCAGUCUGUCCGAGGCAGCAGCGCCAUUCGCUCGGGCGUUCAGACGCUUCCUCUGGUCUUUGCUGUCAUCUUUGCAGUCACCGUGUCUGGAACCAUCGUCAACAAGACAGGACACUACAUUCCCCUGCUCUUCUUUGGCACAGCUGCCAUGGCGCUCGGUUGCGCCUCGCUGUCCUACCUCAAGCCCGACUCGUCGCAAGCGUUCUGGUGCGGCACCCAGUUCCUCGCCGGCAUUGGUGCAGGCACGGCGUGGAUGCUUCCCUUUAUUGCCAGCUCAAACGCACUCGCGGUCCAGGACAUUCCCGUGGGCAGCUCCACCGUCACCUUCUUCCAGGUCUUUGGCGGCACAAUCUUUGUCAGCGUCGGCCAGGCCCUCUUCCAGAACAAGUUUGUCCUCUACCUCGACCACAUCCCAGGCGCAGACGUGGAGGAAAUCAUCGGCCAUGGUGUCUCUGCCUUUCGUGGCUUCACGCCGCCUGCCCUGCUCCCGGCAGUCGUCGAUGCCGCAAACGAGGCCGUGACAAAGCCGUUCAUCAUGUCGGCCGUUGUCGCCGCCGUGGGUUUCCUCGCCAUCUUCGGCAUGGAGCUAACCCGCAAGGCUGCCAUCCAAUAGAUUCUCCGUCUCCGCCCGUCUGCCUUGUUUACUCUUUUUACUAGAGUCGAGUCCGAGUACUGAUUUGAGAGUUCAUUCCUGCAACAAAUACAUAACCCCUUUUCUUCCAC